GGCAGCUCUUUCCCAUCACUAAACUUGGGAAAGGCAAAGAAUUGCACGUGUUUUUAUUUUGAAAGAAUUAUUUUACUUAGACGGUAGUUACCUUUUUUAGAAUGGGUAAGAAAAACAAGGGCGCCACGCCCAAUCUGGGACGCCAGCUGAUCAAGGAUCGGUUUGGCCACACGCCACGCAGGAAGGUGGACAACGACACAAUGCUUCACACCACGGAACUGCAGGACGGCUACGACUGGGGCCGCCUUAAUCUAUCGUCGGUGACGGAGGAGUCGUCCUUCCAGGCUUUCCUGCGCACGGCUGAGCUGGCCGGUACAGAGUUCCAAGCGGAGAAAUUGAACAUCACCUUCGUGAACCCGAAACAACGAGUGGGACUGCUUAGCAAGACACAGGAGCAGAAGAUGCACCAGAAGCACCAUGAACACCGUGACCAGCUGAAGAUUCCGCGACGCCCCAAAUGGGAUAAGAACACCAGACCAGAGGAGCUAGAACGGGCGGAAAAUGAAGCCUUUCUCGACUGGCGUCGAGAUCUUGCUCUGCUUCAGGAGGACGAGGAGAUCAUCAUGACGCCCUACGAGAAGAACCUUGAGUUCUGGCGGCAGUUGUGGCGUGUCGUUGAGCGUUCCGAUGUGGUGAUUCAAAUUGUCGAUGCCCGCAACCCGUUGCUCUUCCGCAGCGUCGAUCUGGAGCGUUAUGUUAAGGAAGUGAAUCCUAACAAGAUGAAUAUGAUCCUGGUCAACAAGUCAGACCUUCUGACGGCUGAGCAGCGUCGCCACUGGGCGGAAUAUUUCGACGGCGAAGGCAUCCGCACAGCGUUCUAUUCUGCUACUCAGGUAGAGGAGGAAUUGAAACGCGAGGCAGAGGCAGCUCGGCAGGAAAACGUAGCGGAGGUACAGGAGCUGCGUACGGCGGCCGAAGAGAUUCAGAAGUCUCUGGACAAGUGGCAGGGAACAUUAGAAGCCAUCGAGCAGAAGCUGAAGAUUAUGGACUGUAAGGAGAAGCUACCUUGCCUUCCCACCGAUAAGAACAGCUCGCGAGUACUAUCCCGCCUGGAGCUGAUAGAGUUCCUGCGUCACAUUUACUCUGGGCCGAGGCACACAGAGCAGCACGUGACUAUCGGAAUGGUGGGCUAUCCGAAUGUGGGAAAGAGCAGCACAAUCAACUCCCUGAUGACGGUCAAGAAGGUCUCUGUUUCGGCCACUCCGGGAAAGACAAAACGCUUCCAGACACUUUUCCUGGACAAGGACAUCCUGCUGUGCGACUGCCCCGGCUUGGUUAUGCCCAGUUUUGUGCUUACCAAGGCCGACAUGUUGCUCAAUGGCAUCCUGCCUAUCGAUCAGAUGCGUGACCACGUCCCGGCUGUUAAUCUCUUGUGUGAACGCAUUCCGCGCCAUGUUCUCGAAGAUAAGUACGGCAUCGUGAUAGCGAAGCCCCUGGAGGGAGAGGAUCCCAAUCGUCCGCCAUAUUCGGAGGAGUUGCUUUUGGCCUACGGAUACAACAGAGGCUUCAUGACUUCCAACGGUCAGCCGGAUCAAGCGCGUUCCGCUCGCUAUGUGCUCAAGGACUAUGUGAACGGCAAGCUGCUUUAUUCCCUGGGACCGCCCUCGGUGGUCCAGGAGGACUAUCACAAAUUCCCUGAGCGCCAGCGCAAGGUGAUCGAGGAGUCGCAGCUUCCCAGCCAGCAACAGAGAGCCAUGAGGAUUGACAAAAGCCAGGCGAAGGUUCUGGAUCAGCAGUUUUUCGACGAUAAGCCUAACCACGCCCAUGUCAAGGGCCGUACCAACUUUCCACAUGUCCGCUUGAGCAAUGACGGAUCCUUAGUGGCCGCCGCCGACCCGAUGGCAAAGCCCUGGCGCCACGUUAAGAAGGAACGCCGCGAGAAAUUGCGCAAAAAGUUCUCCCACUUGGACGAGCACUAAUCCCUGGUUGGACGUGCAACUAUUUAUUAAACUGCACCCUGUAUAUUUUUAGCAUUAGACUUUCCUAGCUAUUAAAACAAAUGCCAGAGCGUUAUCUCGCGAAAAAAAAGAAAGAUCGGAGUGCGUAAUUGCCCCCAUAAGUCGAUAA